AGCAGCACAAGUGGUGAAAGCCACUACGUACUGGCUAAUGAUUGGCACGCUUGACAGUGAUUGGCAGGGCUGCCAUGACAACCCCACAACGACACCAAGAAGACCAAUAGAAAAGCGAAACAAAAUAUUUCAAUGCUACACUCACGCGUGGAUUUUUAGGGGGAGAUAUUAUGAGGCUGGUGUCAUUAGGCGAUAGCUAUUGAAUCAUUCAAUCUUGCACUCGUCCGUUCCUCUUUUUUUUCUUUGCUAAUUUUCUUUCUCUCUCAGGUCAUUUCCAUGGUUUUCAGAUCUCCUUUAGAGCUCUAUCCCUCCCAUUUCUUCCUGCCCAACUUCGCUGAUCGGCCCUUGCUCGUGGCGAGCAGCGCGCCCAGCGCCCGGUCUCCUGAAGACUUGUCCAUGUUUCAGCUACCGACCCUCAACUUCUCCGCGGAGCAGGUGGCGAGCGUCUGUGAGACGCUUGAGGAGACCGGCGACAUCGAGCGACUGGGUCGCUUUCUGUGGUCGCUGCCGGUGGCGCCGGGCGCAUGCGAGGCCAUUAACAAACACGAGUCGAUCCUGCGCGCCCGUGCUGUUGUCGCCUUCCACACGGGUAACUUCCGCGACCUCUAUCAUAUACUGGAAAAUCACAAGUUCACCAAGGACUCGCACGGAAAGCUGCAGGCCAUGUGGCUCGAGGCUCACUACCAGGAGGCCGAGAAGCUGCGGGGGCGCCCGCUCGGACCCGUCGACAAGUAUAGAGUACGCAAGAAGUUUCCGCUGCCCAGAACCAUCUGGGACGGCGAACAGAAGACGCACUGUUUCAAGGAACGGACGCGCAGUCUGUUGCGGGAGUGGUACCUGCAGGACCCGUAUCCCAACCCGAGCAAGAAACGGGAACUGGCGCAGGCCACUGGACUCACUCCUACACAGGUCGGAAACUGGUUUAAAAACCGGAGGCAAAGAGACAGAGCAGCGGCAGCAAAAAACAGGCUCCAGCACCAAGCCAUAGGACAGAACGGCAUGCGCUCUCUAUCUGAAUGCACUCCGCAUAGCUCGGCUGAGUCGCCGUGUACAGCCGCCAGUCCCACCACCAGCGUAUCGAGCGUGACGGAGCGCGCCGACAUGGCAACGUCCAUCCUCUCUGUAACGUCCAGUGACUCCGAAUGCGACGUAUGAUACGCAAAUAAAAGAGAGAGAAAUAUUUGCAGGGAAUAUGGACCUGAAUAAACAUUAUGAAAUAUCGGGGAAAACAAAAAGGACCAUAAUUAUUCAGAGAGAGAGAGAGAAAAAAGAAAACAAAAAUAUAAAAGCACGUCUUUUUGUCCCCAAGCGCUUUCAACGGGACCCACGCCUUUCCCCUACCCCCACCACUUGCAUGAAAUAUCUAUAGCUUUUUUUCUUUUCUUUUUUUUUAUACGCAGGAAAUAACCUUUCACUCGAUGUUUUCUGCCAGGAUGAUCGAGAAGAGGGGAUUUCCAGAAUCCGGUGUUCAUCGUCUUUUUUAUUUUAAUUUUUUUUUCUUUUAAUUAUUUUUAAUUCGAGUGGUAAUGCACAGCGCAGCCAGGAUGCAAUCCUUCUUCUUUUAGUUUCAUCAGACAAUCAUUUGAGUCGUAAGCACCUUUUUUUUCACUGCUGUCACUGCCUGUGUGGGGUACUGGUCAAAUGUGGAACUGUAUCAGAUUUUUUAUUUUUAUUUCGAGAUUUUAUAUUGAAUUAUGCCUAUAUCCUAAAUAAUGCGAUCAUUCUCCCAGUUUGUAAUAUAUGUGUAGAAAUAUGGCUGUAUAUAAUAUUGCUCUACGUCUCCGUUGUCUUUUCUAUUCCUGGUUACUUUUCUUGAAUUGGUGUUCAUAACUAUUUGUCAGAACGUAAUUAUUAAGCGCUCUAGACGUUUUGUUUCUCUGUUUUAAUACAUUGAGUACAAUGGUUUCAGUCGAGACUUAUGCAAAAGAAGAGUAACAACGAAGAUGUGGAAUAUAAUCGACUGUUCAAAGGAAAUUUUCAUGUUUAACCUCGAGCGCUUAAUUAUUCAAUGUUACUUUCUUGCGUGUUUAUGUUAAUGUAUAAAUUUCUAAGCUAAAAUACAGUAUUCCAUUUUAUAAUUCUGAAUUAAGUUUCUGAUUUCCU